AUGGCGGUGGGCAGCGGCCUGGCCCUGUACCACGUCCUCGGCGUGGCCACCUGCGUGGCGCUGCUCUACUUCACCUUCGGCGAGGUGGACCUCCGCCAAAUCUCCCUCCCGUCCAUGCCCUUCUCCAUCUCCAAGCCCUCCUCCUCCUCCCCCUCCUCCCGCGCGGCCGCCGUGGCGGCGCCCUUCGUGGAGCGGCGCGGCGCGCAGCUGUUCCUGGACGGCCGGCCGUUCUACGCCAACGGGUGGAACUCCUACUGGCUCAUGGACCAGGCCGUGGAGCCGAGGUCCCGGGACCGCGUCUCCCGCAUGUUCCGCACCGGCGCCGAGAUGGGCCUCACCGUCUGCCGCUCCUGGGCGUUCAACGACGGCGCCUACAACGCCCUCCAGGUCUCCCCCGGCCACUUCGACGAGCGCGUCUUCAAGGCGCUGGACCGGGUGGUCGUGGAGGCCGGGCGGCACGGGGUGCGGCUCAUCCUCAGCCUGGCGAACAACCUGGAGGCGUACGGUGGGAAGACGCAGUACGUGCGGUGGGCGUGGGAGGAGGGCGUCGGCACCUCCGCCUCCAACGAUUCCUUCUUCUUCGACCCGGCCAUCCGCGACUACUUCAAAGUCUACCUCAAGACGCUGCUGACGAGGAAGAACCACUUGACAGGGGUGGAGUACAGGGACGACCCCACCAUCCUCGCGUGGGAGCUGAUGAACGAGCCCCGCUGCACCACGGACCCAUCCGGCGACACGCUGCAGCGCUGGAUGGAGGAGAUGGCGGCGUACGUCAAGUCCAUUGACAAGAAGCAUCUGCUCACCGUCGGCACCGAGGGGUUCUACGGGCCGACGAGCCCCCAGGAGAAGCUGAACGUCAAUCCGGGCAUUUGGAAGGACAACAACUACGGCUCGGACUUCAACCGCAACGCCAAGAUCCCAGACAUCGACUUCGCUUCCAUCCACCUCUACCCUGACACCUGGCUGCAGCAGCAGCACGCGACGGUAGACGAGAAGCUCAAGUUCGUGAAGCGGUGGGUCGCGUCCCACAUCGAGGACGGGGACAGGGAGCUGGGCAAGCCGGUGCUCACCACCGAGUUCGGCCUCUCGCACCGCGCCAAGGGCUUCGACCACUCCCACCGCGACGUCUUCUACAAGGCCGUCUACGACAUCGUCUACAGGUCGGCCGUCCGCGCCGGCGCCGGCGCCGGCGCCUUCGUGUGGCAGCUCGCCGUGGAGGACAUGGAGGAGUUCCACGACGACUUCUCCGUCGUGCCCAGCGAGCACCCGUCGCUGCACAGGCUCAUCAAGUCGCAGUCGUGCAGGCUGGCCAAGCUGAGGCGCGGGGUCGGUGGGGAGGAGGCCAAGCGGAUGCUGUCGGUGUGUGCCGCCGGCUCGUCGUAG